GCUCCAGGCUCCGUUCCGAAGCUGGGAAAAUGCAAGCGGUUCUUUACGUGUAACAGGAUCUGUGAGGGGUGCACGCGAGCUUGGAAGCCACGAUAUGGUGAGCAAGGGGCCGCAGUCUUGGGAGAAGUGGGCUGCUGAGCCUCGGCAUCCCUUUUGGAUGCACUGACAUAUGAUGAUGUCCACAUUAAUUUCACUCCGGAAGAAUGGGCCUUGCUGGAUCAUACCCAGAAGAAUCUCUACACAGAUGUUAUGCUGGAGACCUACAAGAACCUCACUGCUAUAGGCACAAAGGAAGUCUUACCAGAGAGAAACUCUAUGAAUAUACUCAAUGUGGUAAAGCCUCUACACGUCACAGUGGUCUUCAAAGGCAUGAAAGAAUUCAUACUGGAGAGAAACCUUAUAAAUGUAAUCAAUGUGGUAAAGCCUUUGUAGAUUACUGUACUCUUCAAAAACAUGAAGGAACACAUACUGGAGAGAAAGCCUAUGAAUGUAAUCAGUGUGGUAAAGGCUUUACACAACAAGCUUACCUCCAAAACCAUAAAAGAACACACACUGGAGAGAAACCCUACGAAUGUUAUGAAUGUGGUAAAGGAUUUGCACAUUACUCUACUCUUCGGAAACAUGGUUCUACACAUACUGGAGAAAAACCCUAUGAAUGUAAUGAAUGUGGUAAAGCUUUUGCACAACAGAGUCAUCUCCAAAACCAUAAAAGAACGCAUACUGGAGAGAAACCCUAUGAAUGUAAUGAGUGUGGUAAAGCCUUUUCACAGCACAGUAGUCUCCAAAACCAUAAAAGAACACAUACUGGCGAGAAACCCUAUAAAUGUAAUGAAUGUGGUAAAGCCUUUUCACAAUACAGUAAUCUCCGAAAGCAUAAAAGAACACAUACUGGGGAGAAACCCUAUGAAUGUAAUGAGUGUGGUAAAGCCUUUUCACAGCAUAGUAGUCUCCAACAACAUAGAAGAACACAUACUGGAGAGAUACCUUAUGAAUGUAAUGAGUGUGGUAAAGCCUUUUCACAGCAUAGUAGUCUCCAAAUGCAUAAAAGAACACAUACUGGAGAGAAACCCUACGAAUGCAAGCAAUGUGGUAAAGCCUUUUCACAACACAGUAGUCUUCGAAAGCAUAAGAGAACACAUACUGGACAGAAGCCCUAUGAAUGUAGUCAAUGUGGUAAAGCCUUUUCACGACACAGUAGUCUCCAGCAACAUAAAAGAACACAUACUGGAGAGAAACCUUAUGAAUGUAAUGAGUGUGGUAAAGCCUUUUCACAACAGGGUCAUCUCCAGAAACAUAAAAGAAUACAUACUGGAGAGUAACCCUAUGAAUGUAAUCAGUGUGUGUAAUCAGAAACUCGAUGUAUGCAAUUCAUGUGUUAAAGCCUUUGCAAUUUUCUGUACUUUUCAGAAUCAUGAAAU